GUCUUCCGUUUCUGUUUUACUCGGACGAUAUUAGCUGUAACACCAAACAAAUUGUCAACUUUAACACGUGCGGGACUUUUCCUGAACGUUUGCGCUGUGUAAACGUAAGGAUCUUAUCGAAGUGAAUUAAAACACGCAUACUUAGACAGAAUGGUGGGGAAAAUUAAACGGGUCCGACAGAAGCUCCAUCACGGCGCUGUGAAGCUGGGAAAUGAGCAUCAAAACAAACCCAUGCUGGAGAGUCUGGAGAAGAUACAGAUGCAGCCCAUUCAGCUCAUUAAAACAGAUUCACAAGAGACCAAACUCAACACAUCUGACCGCAGUGUAAAUAAUAGUUCAAAGGCGUUCAGUUUUCCCUCCGGAGUUUUUGCUGGAACUGAAAUCUCCCCCGAGUCUUUAGUUCAAACGCUGAAAGUUGAUGAUCCAUCAGAUGUGACCAUAAGCACAUCUGCAGGAGAACACAAAGGCACAGGAGAAAAGAAACAACAGUCAAAGAAAGAAAAAAUGAAGGAGCGCAAGGAAAAAUGGCUUAACAAGAUCAGUGCGAUCAAGCUGGCGCAUGAGCAGCAGGUGGCGCAGGCUCGGAGGAAGGCCACACCCGUGGUGGGCGACAUGAGACCGCUGGCCGAUGCCCUUCCUGAACUCUCCCUGCUCUUCCCGUCUCUCAAAACCCUCGCCAGCGCACAGCGGAAAAACAAAGCUUCGGUUAAGAAGAAACCAGAACCUACAAACUUCAGCUUGAUGAAACCAGCCCAGAAACGAAAACUACUCGAGACGGAAGCAUCUCACUUCAACGAAGCCAUGAAAAAUCCCACCUUCAAGACCAACCCUUUAGCUGCGAUUGGUGAUCACCUGCGAAAACGACUCAAACAGGAAGACGAACAGAUUUAAUCGCGACUCUCCUGCGCCGCCCUGUUGGUAGACUUCAAGAACUGUAUUUAUCAUACGCUGGUACAUCGAAAACAAACAAAUACAGUAAAACCGGUUUUGGACUUCAUAACAGAAUAUGAAAAUGAAGAGGAAUCCAGAGAUUUGCAUAACUUGCUUUAUCUGACAUGCAUAAACGCUAUGCAGGAAACAGUUUAUCGCGGUUUCUCAGUGUAAUUUUGUAAAUGAGUUGGAGUAAAAUGAAUUGCUUUAAUAAUCAUGUUACCAGAUAUUUAAUGAGGGUUUCCACGCUGUCUGUUCCAUAUGCUCUUGGUAAAUAAAUCCAGGUGGAAAAUGAUUACGCAUAUGUUUUUUCUUUAUUAGCAGCACAUGCUGAGAAAAGCUUGACUUAUAACGAUUAAACGCUCAAAAAAAUCAUUCAUAGACUUAAACUGAUAAUGAUGCAUUCCUUAUUAUGAAAUUGACUCUACCUGCUGCUUUCGUUCAUUGAAUAUCACAGACAAAAGCCUCUAAUUAAAGCGAGAUCUGAUAUAUCAGACAUUUAGCAUGUGCUUCUGUAUUUCCAUGGCAACACGUUGCAAAAAGAAGAAAAGGGCGGUGGCGGCAACACUUUUCAGAGAUAAAGGAGAAAUGGGAACCUGAAGCCUGUCAUUAACCGGACUUCUCUUAAUGGCUUCAUGAGUGCAGACUGUAUAGGUCUUGGAUGUCUGAUAUUGAGGAGGACCUUCUCUUGGAUCUCAUUUCAGCCAAACUGGAUCCACUUCGCAAUCCCAGCAAAUGUGCAUAAACGCAACAUUAUGGCAUAACAGAAGCAUAGAGUCAGCACAUAUGUAAUGUUUGUGAUUAAGUGAGCGAGGAUUGUGGGUGUAGAUAGAUGUUCUUCACCCACACAAGAUUCACCUCAGCGUGUUCUUGUUGGUUUGUCCUAAAUCCAUUUAUUAUUGGAUACGAUACUAAAUGGUGAAAUGUGUAUGAUUUCAAUGACAGAUAGUUAAAAGAAAAGCAACAUUUCCAUCUUAAUAUCUGCUCAGCAAUACUCAUAGCCGCAUGUGCAAUCAGUGUCAGAAAUGAAUUAAUGUGUCAUUUUGUCAAAUAAAUUUGUUGAAUUGUUUGCAAUUGAA